AACCUUCUGGUCUUGGUAGGUGGUAGUAGUAGCCCCAAGUUCUCAGAGAUCUCAGUGCUGAUCUGGGAUGAUGCCCGGGAGGGCAAGGACUCCAAAGAGAAGCUGGUGCUGGAGUUCACCUUCACUAAGCCAGUGCUGUCUGUGCUCAUGCGCCAUGACAAGAUCGUGAUGAUGCUGAAGAACCACAUCUGUGUGUACUCCUUCCCAGACAAUCCCCGAAAGCUGUUUGAGUUUGAUACCUGGGACAACCCCAAGGGGCUCUGUGACCUCUGCCCCAACCUGGAGAAGCAACUGUUAGUGUUCCUGGAACACAAGUGUGGGAGUCUGCAACUUGUGGACCUGGCGAGCACAAUGCCUGGCACUUCGUCUGCUCCAUUCACCAUCAAUGCACACCAGAGUGACAUAGCCUGUGUGUCUCUAAACCAGCCAGGGACUGUAGUGGCCUCAGCCUUCCAGAAGGGUACCCUUAUUCACCUCUUUGACACACCAUCCAAGGAGAAACUGGUAGAGCUGCGCCGAGGCACUGACCCUGCCACCGUCUACUGCAUUAACUUCAGCCACGACUCCUCCUUCCUCUGCACUUCCAGUGAUAAAGGCACCGUCCAUAUCUUUGCUCUCAAGGAUACCCACCCCAACCGCCGCUCCGCUCUGGCUCGCCGUGGGCAAGGGCCUAUCAUUGGGCAGCACGUGGACCCUCAGUGGAGCCUGGCGAGCUUCACUGUGCCUGCUGAGUCAGCUUGCAUCUGCGUCUUCUGUCGCAAUACUUCCAAGAACGUCAAUUGUGUCAUUGCCAUCUGCGUAGAUGGGACCUUCCACAUAGUCUUCACUCCUGAUGGAAACUGCUGCAGAGAGGCUUUUGACACGUACCUUGACAUCUGUGAUGAUGAUGACUUUUAAGGACCCUGGGGGCUGUGCUAGGGACCUGCAGUGGCAGACUGCAGAGCUGAGCCUUGGCAGUGGGGCGUGCUUGGAAGCCACCAGCCAGCAAGCGUUAAUGGGGCCGGUGCCCACUUUCCACUCAGCAGAGUUAUGUCUAAAUAAAGAGCUCACUUCCCCCCAGCACUUCUUGAUGACUGUGUGCCCCAAGGGCCAGGCCAGAGACCUAGGAAGGCAGCAACCCCUUGGGAUACCUAACCUGGAGGAAAUUGUCAGGGACCUAGAAGGAGUGUCCUAAUCCAACCUGGGGAUUUUUAAAAAGCUUCCUAGGAAGAGAUGAUCUCUGAUGUGAUGAAUACAAAUAAAAGACCCUUAAUGGCAAA